AUGGAUCAUAUGGGAGCGCAUCUCCACCAGACACACGCAGACACCAUCAGUUUUGGGAUUGAUCAGAUUCUUAACAAUGCAGACCAGGGGAGCUGCAUGAUCUCCAACCCCAGAAUGCAGGACCUGGACUACGGUUUGGGGUGCAUAGUCAGCACAGCGUACAAUACCAUGACUGGCAACUACAAUGUAAAUAACUCGGCUGGAUACAAUGGAAACUCGUGCAGUGUUAGCUCGCUCGGCGGCUCGUACAACAUGAACUUGGGCUCGAAUGUUAAUGGGAAUUGCCUUAAUUCUUCGGGAGUGAUCCGGGUGCCAGCGCACCUACCGCUGAGCAGCAUUCAUUCAUCCAUUCCCACCAGUGGUGCCACGGUGCCAAGUAUGGGAAGCAUGGGCACCAUUAACAAUCUCACGGGAUUAACGUUUCCAUGGAUGGAGAGUAACCGGAGAUAUACCAAAGACAGAUUUACAGUGGCCCUCUCACCGUUCACUGUAACACGCCGUAUAGGUCACCCGUACCAGAACCGGACCCCUCCGAAGAAGAAGAAGCCCAGGACGUCGUUCACGCGCCUCCAGAUCUGUGAGCUGGAGAAACGCUUCCACCGGCAAAAGUAUCUGGCGUCAGCUGAGAGAGCAGCCUUAGCGAAAGCACUUAAAAUGACUGACGCACAGGUCAAAACAUGGUUCCAGAACAGAAGAACGAAAUGGAGGAGGCAGACAGCAGAAGAAAGAGAAGCCGAGCGACAACAAGCGAACCGAAUCCUAAUGCAACUUCAACAAGAAGCAUUUCAAAAGACUAUAAACCAACCUGUUACUCCUGACCCAAUCUGCCUUCACAACAGCUCUCUGUACGCACUUCAGAACCUCCAGCCUUGGACUGAGAACACGGCGAAAAUCAGCAGCGUUCCCAACAGUGAUUAA